UAGAAGAAAGACAAAUCAAAAGAAAAACAUCACAUUCUGCCUCCUCUCCCAAGUAGAGCCAGUCCUCUAUCUUCUAUUAAUUGAUUAAUAUACCACGUUAACACUUAAUUGGUCAUUAAGCUCCAGUAUGAAGAUCGAGCUGCAGAUAUGGAUAUUGCUAUACAAAGUCCAUCGUAUUUUGAGAAAUUUUUCCACACAUAUUCUUUGAAAAAGUCUUGUUUCUUUUUCUUCAUAUUUGUUGUAAUCCUCAUCACAGCCCUGGGGACACUUACACUGAUGGUAAUCUUUGUGUUGAAACCUCAAAAGCCUAUUUUUUCGCUUCGGGCAGUAAGCUUAGAUGCAUAUAAACUGGAUGUUUCUUCAAACUCGACCUUAUUUGUUUCAUUAGUUGUUUCACUAGGUUUGAAUGCUCAAAAUCCUAAUAAAAUUGGUAUCAAGUACAGCAGAUCAAGAAUGCACAUCUUCAGUGAAGAUACAAUAAUUGGACAGAUCCGAGUUCCUGAAUUCUAUCAACCUUCUCAUAGCACAAAUGUAAGUGUACCUACUAGAGUUUUGUUCCAUUGUGUAAAUAUCAGUCAAAUCCUCUCAGGUGUUUCAGAUGUUUCCUCACACACCCUUGCUAAGGUAAGAAUAUUAGGUGAUAUCAGAGCUCAUAUUCAAGUCUUUCGCAUCACCUUACCAACAGUCAAGAUUGCCUUGGAGUGUGACAUUAGUAUUGAUGAUAGAUCUCUUACGCUUACUAAUGCAGCUCACAGCAUUAAAGCAGUUAAAACUCCACUGACAUCGUUUCCUAGCCACGCUCAAUCAUUUUCCACCAACUGCUCAAUUGGUCUAUAUAUUUAGACGUAAGGUCUAAAGUGAGUUCUUAGUUGUGUUGAAGAACAGUCUCUACAACUAAAAGGCAGUCCUUGUUCAUUUCUUAACUUCCAAAGACUGGGGAAAAUACUUGAAGAAGCAAAUCAUCUACAAGUUCAACACAGAAUAUUAUUAUAAUUGUUUCAGAACACAUGCGCAAGCAUAGUGACCUUUAACUGGUUCCAUCUCAGUAUAAUUGAUACAUAAUUUUUCUGCUGUAAACGAUCACAUUAUGUGUAUGUUCAGAUACUAGAAUUUCGUUUCAGAAAA